GAAAUAUGCGACUAUUAUCUCGAAUGGAGUGCAAAUACAGUCAAUUCUGGAUAUAAUGUGGAUAAUAUGUUUUCAUUAAAGUUGGCAACACUGGGGUCGGGCUAUAGGGCUGAUUAUUGGCAACAACUGGUUACUUCCAUGGCAGUAUUAUUUGGGAUACUCUACUACCGACAGGGAUAUGACUACUCCAACGUCGAUAAUAUCAAAGGGGCUCUUAAUAUGAUAAUAAUGAGAUGUUCAAUGACACAGUCAAUGUUCGCACUCACUACAUUGAUAGGAGAAGAAGCCUUACUUUGUAGGGAACACCACAACCGUACGUACGCUCUGUUCCCAUAUAUGUUGGCGACCUUAAUUACCCAGAAAUCCUAA